CUUGAACCCGAACAGCUGGAUGCAGUUGUGGUCGUGCACCUUGUACAUUUGCGCCAACUUCUUCGCCAAAUCCGCCUUGGAGACGUUGGCCAUGCUGGGGUGGAUAAUGUCGAGGACGAACUACCCCGCCUGCUUCCGGCCCAGCAGCGGGUUCUGCUUGAACUUGCGGGUGCGCACCGUGAACUCCGACAUCGCUCCCGGAGGCGGGUGGCGGGGUCGCCAGAGAAACGCGCACGCCCGAGCGAUGCCCGGCUCUGCCCGGCAGCCUUGGCCCACGCCCGAGGGGCCCACCUCCGGCGCCCCCUGCGCGCCGCUGCUAUGCACGAGCGGCGGCCGAGCGUAGUGCGACGGGGAGGGGCGGCACUGCCCGAACGCCUGGAGCCGUCCGCGGCCGCGGGCUU